GUUUCUUUUUUUUUCUAUUACAUUUCUUUAAAAUACAAUUAAUGUAAUUUUUUUUUAAUUUUGAAAUUUAGCUAAUGCUUUAUCUAAGAAUACUGAAAAACGUCAAAUACAUUUUGGACAUUCACAAAAUAUGGCUAUACUUGCAAGACAAGUACAAAAUAUACAUACAGAAAAAGAUCGACAAAUAACAAGUGUACUUAAACGUGUAUCGCUACAAGAACAAGCAAUGCUUAAAGCAAAUAAGUCUUUAGCUGAAAAAGUCAAAAAGUUACAAGAAGCAUUAGAUGAUCGAAAAUUAGCAUUUAAUGCUGUAUCAGCAAAAAAUGCAUUACUUGAAGCAGACUUAACUGUAGCAACACAACAAUAUAAUGAUGCACAAAAUGAAAAUAAAAAAAUGAAAAUUGAAAAAGAUCAUCUAAUAAAUCAAAUUCGACGAGAAUAUCAACAAGAAAAAGAUGGAUUAUUUCAUAUUCAAGAAAAAUUUCAACGAGAUUUAAAUGAAAGUUUAGAAAUACAACGACGUUUAAGCGAAAAAGUUCAUGAUCUUGAAAGAAAAAAUGAAACUCUACAAACAACAAUUCAUGAACUUCGAGAAAUUAUAACAAUCAAUGAUCGUGAUCAUCAAUUAAAAGUUUCAUCAUUGGAUGAUGAAAAUCAACGUUUAAAACUAAAGCAUAAAGAAGAUUUAAAAGAUCAUGAGCUAACAAGUACACGAGAUAUUCAACGUUUAAAAGAAUCUUAUGAAACAACACAACAAAAUCUCAAAGAACAAAUAACAAAACUUGAAAAUAUUCGAACAACACUUGAACGAGAAAUAAAUUCAUUAAAAUCAACCAUAUCAACACAAAAACUAAAUCAUGAUGAAAUUCUACAACAAGAAAAACUUCGUCUAAAAAAUGAAGAAGAAAAAAAACAACAUGAACUCGAAGAUCGUUUGCGUUCAUUAACAACAACAAAAGAAGAACUUGAAUCUCAUUAUAAUCAACAAUUAAUAUCUAGUCGAGAUCUUCAACAAAAAAUAAAUUUUCAAUCAGUUGAAAUUGAAACAUUAAAACGACAAAUAGAAUCAGUUCAAACAGUAAAUCUGAGAAAAGAUACAGAAAUCCUUGAAAAUCGAGAAAAACUUAAAACUGAACAUGAAAAAAAAUUACGUUUCAUUCAAAAAGAUAUUGAAAUGAAUGAAGAAUUAAAAGAUCGUAUAAAACAAUUAGAAAAUGAUUUAAAAGAUCAACAUUAUAAUGAUCGAAAUACUAUACGUGAACUUGAAACACGUUUGGCUGAUUUACAAACAAAAUUAAAUCAACGUGAACAAGAAAUUAGUCGACUAAAACAUGAUGAAGAAAAACGAUUACAUUUUUUACGAACAGCAAUGUUAGAUUAUAUUGGUCGUGGAACAAAAACAAAUUAG